CCAAAUUAAAAAAAGUAAGGGAAACCCAUGUCUAAACGUAGGCGGGACGAGUGCUAUAAGUAUCGAGAGCGGGUAAUAUCUGAAUGCUUUCAGACAACCGUAAACAUGACUUUUCUUGUCUUUCUACUGGCUUGUGUGACGUCAGCUGUAAUAGGCCAACUUAAGGACAACGAGUGUCUUGCUCUCCCUUGUGCACCUCCGACCUGCGAUCCACAGAAAUGGGUCUUGAAUUACUAUUUUCACAAUGGUAGGAUGUGCCCAGGCUGUGAGAGUUGCAUCGCUGAGGACCAACUUGAAAAAAGACAGCUGGUGGAACAUAACAUUUGCCCCGUAGUGGACUGCUUCUUCCCACCACGGGACUGUCCUGUCGACCUUGUCAUGGGCACAAUCCAGAUUGGCAACCUCAAAUGUCCGGGGUGUCCGAUAUGCCCGAGCACAACCCUGGUGUGAGGCGCCAUCCAGUUAACCGAGUAACUCACUUGUAACAGGCGAAAAAUAAAAGCGUUGCUAAUGAUGUCGCGAGGUCAGAAUCCUC